GGAGGAGGCUGCUGCCAAGGCUCAAGCUAAAUAUGAAAAAGAAGAGAAAAAGAAGCAGCUCAAACGUUUACGUGGUGAGGACACAUGGAUGUUGCCAGAUGUUAAUGAACGAAUAGAAGAAUUUUCAGAGAUGCUCCAGAGCUGAGAGUAGGGCCAGGGAGAUGGCGUCCGCUGUAGACCUAUUUCAGCGAUAGGCGAAUUGCAGUGGGUCGAAAUUGUCUGGGAGGCUGGAGUUGAUGCGUGCCAUGACCAGCCUCUCAAAGCACUUCAUGAUGGAACAUUCCGUUAAAUCCAAGAAGAAAAAAAAGAAAUCAAAGAAAGACAAAAAAGCGAAAAAAAGAAACAAGUCAAAGGAAAAGACUGAAACAUUCAGUGACAGUUCUUCUAGUUCAGAAAUGGAAUGGGUUGAAUCUACUGCUGGUUCUAAUCUUGACAGCAUUCAGAAACCCUGGAAAAUCAAGGAAGAACAAUCAAGUUCAACAGAAAAAACAGAUACCAUUCAGAGGGAAGAAUGGAUGACGUUAGACUUCAUGUCCAUAAAGUCUAUAUCUACCACUGAAAUCCGAGCUGGAAAACUGAAGGAGAAAGAAAUUGAGCAAGAGAAAGUGCAAGCCAUUGAACAGGCUGAAAUAGACAAAAGAGAAUUAAACCCCUUUUGGAAAAAUGGAGGAACAGGCUUGCCAUCUGUACAGAGUGACUCAGCACAAAUUCAAAAAGCAGCUUUGAUAGAAGAUGGCGGACUGAGCUGGUUGAGACGAUCCUAUCAGCGCAUGAAGGAACAGGCAGCGAGGGAUCAAUGUCAACUGGAGGAUGUAAUUGCUGAGAGAUAUGGCUCUGUGGAAGUAUUCCAGGAGAAGCUCCAAGCUGCUGAAAAAGUCGCAGCAUCAAAAUGUCAAAAAGACAGUGAAAGGAGUUGGAGAGGGACUUUGGAAAAAGCAAAGAACUGGACUUCUGAUCAGACUGAUAAGAAGAAAUACAAUUCUGGAAGGGGUCAAAGUGGAGGCAAAGACAGACACUGGGAAUGUGACAGUACUGCAGAGAGAGAGAAACCAGCAGGAAAUUUCCAAGAUCCGUUCAAGUGGAAAAGGGAUAAAGAAAGACAAGAAAUUGCCAAUAGGUACAGAGACAAAAGUAAAUCCAGUGAAAGGGAGGUGGAAAUUGAGCAUGCCAAAGAUAAAAAUAGAGAAUACAGAAUCCAAGAAGAAAAACAUAAGGAGUCAGGGCAACAAAAUACUUGUGUUAGAAGUUUAGGAAGUGAUCGUUUUCAUGAAAGGGAGAAAGACAAAUCCUUUCCCUUAAAUGAUUUAAAAUCUAAGUUUAUGAAGCCUGAGGAUUUUGGAAGUGAUAGCAGCAAAUGGGGUAUUAAGUUUCCAAGCUGUUCUAAUCGAUUGUCGGAAUCACAACCUUUCCGUAGUCGCAGUUUUCAAAAACCAGAUGAUGGUAGUGAUAGUAUAUCAAUGUGGAGCAGAUCCAAUAGUGGGGAAAGCCCAUCACAACAACCUACACCACUACUACAUCAAAGAAGCAUCGCUACACCUGAAGGAAUACCGAAUGCGGCAGAUGAAUGGACAGGGACCAAGCUCAGGGAAAACAGUCCUGUGCGAGGAGAAAGUUCCCAAGGCCAACACAAGUCAAGUUUUAGAACUGUUGCUGUGAUUGAAGAACCCAUACCGGCCCUCAGUGAGGAAGAAAUGAAUAAACUAGGUGCUAAGGUCAUCAAAGCAGAGCUGAUGGGAAACAUUGAACUGGCAUCAAAACUUAAAGCUCAGUUGGAGGAGGCUCGAAAGUUGAAGAUUCAAGGAAAAAGUCACAUUACAGCAGCUACAACACAAAAGCGGACUGAUAGUGUGCCCACAGAUGAAGAUCAUGAGGUGGUACUUGUUCGAACUGAUCCAUCAGGUAGAGUGUGGCCUGUUGGUACAUCAGCAGAAUCCAUGAUCCGUACAGAAGGAAAAAAGAAGAGACAAACGAUUGAGACUCACCAUAAGGGAGAACGGAUUAGGUACUUUCAGGAUGAUGACAAUCAGAGUCUACAGGAUUUGGUUAGACAAGAAAAAAUGACGACUGCAGGGGAUCAGAAUGAAAGGCUCUCGCGAAUAGCUUCUAAAUUUCUGGAGAAGAUGGAUAGGGACUACUACACAUUGGAUGAUAUGUUUGUGUCGAAAGCAGCCAGGAAAGACCAGUCAGGUCGUGAAUGCGAAAGGCAACGAAAUAAAGCUAUAAAUGAACACAAGCAUUUGGCUGAGCGUAUGGAGAAAUGCCAGUACUGCUUUGAAAACCCUGAACUUCCAAAGCACCUUAUCAUUGCUAUUGGUGUAAAGGUAUAUUUGUGCCUUCCUAAUUACCAAUCAAUGACAGAAGGUCACUGCCUAAUAGUACCUCUCCAGCAUCAUACUGCAGGUAACCUAUUGGAUGAAGAUAUCUGGGAGGAAAUGCAGCUGUUCCGAAAAACCUUGGUGAAAAUGUUAGAAGACAAAGGUCUUGACUGUGUCUUUUUUGAGACAAGUAUGAGUUUGAAGAAACGGUUUCAUAUGGUGUAUGAAUGUAUUCCACUGUCAAAAGAACUUGGAGACAUGGCUCCUAUCUACUUUAAGAAAGCUAUAAUGGAAGCUGAUGAAGAGUGGGCCAUGAACAAGAAGCUAGUUGAUCUUUCAACAAAGGAUAUCCGCAGAGCUGUUCCUAAAGGUCUUCCUUAUUUUUCUGUGGAUUUUGGUCUUCAAGGUGGAUUUGCUCAUGUCAUUGAAAAUGAAGACAAGUUUCCUUUUUACUUUGGAAAGGAAAUUGUCGGUGGCAUGUUAGAUCUAGAGCCACGACGUUGGCGGAAACCACACAGAGAAAACUUUGACGAUCAGAGGAAGAAAGUGCUGCAGUUUUCACAGUGGUGGAAGCCAUAUGACUGUACCAAAACAAAAAAUAAGGAAUAAUGUUGUCUUCUACAAGAAAAUGGUUACAGUCCCUUGAAACAUUGUGUUGGACGAUGACUUAGAUGUUUCUUUACAAUGGUUCUCUAGGUCAACCACAACUGAUUAAGAAAACUGAAAACAAUUCAAGACCCCACUGAUUUUAUCAUGAAGCAUUCAGAUGGCAGUACAAGAAUGUAAAAUUUAAAUCAUGCCAUAUUGAAGAUAUUUAAAUUGCCAUCAUUUUGCACUGUAAAUAGAAAAUAAGAAUGAGCUUAAUGUAUAUUUUUAAUUUGUCCUCAGCUGUGAGGUUCAAAUUUCAUUGUGUUCAGUUAAAGUUUAUGAAAGCAAAUUAAAAUUUGAUACUCUAAAUAGAAGUGCAUUUCUGUCAUUUCACCACCAUUCUUUAAGCUGUUUCAUCCUUUCACAUUCUCCCUUCAGCUUCUUGAAGACUAACAAAACUUGACAUAAGUAUUGUUGGGCAGUCAGCUAAUUACAAAUACGUAGAUUUGAAAAAGUGAUCAA